CAGCGUGCAUCAUUCAAGAAGAAGUCGUCGACAGCGCUGUUUUGAAAGAGUUUAUUUACUUUUAGCCCAAGAAUAAAAAAUGGCACAAAGGAAGUGUGUUUUUGAUUGUGAGGGCAAGAAAUCGUUGUUCAGGUUCCCAAAGAACACGGAGUUAAGACAACAAUGGAUGCAAUUUGUUUUCCCCGGCCAGAAACGGAGUUCCGAAAACGUGUAUGUUUGCUACCAGCAUUUCUCUGACGAUUGUUUCACAAACAAGGCCCAAUUCGAAGCUGGAUUUGCAAAUCGUUUACAACUGGAUGAUGGAGCGGUCCCUACAAUAAAGUAUCCCGUUCAAGAGUCCGAACUCCAGGCGACCACUUCUACCAGCCAGGCCAUGCCGUCAAUCAAGCACACUGAGUGUCAAACCGAACAUAGACCUGCUGUGUCUGUCGAAGUGCAAGCCAACCCACUGAAGUCGUCUGUAGGCACUCAGUGUAGGUUUACGCCAUUGCAAAAGACAACAGGCACACAGUUCUCCUUUUCCAAACAUACGGGACACUUACGGAGCAAGGGCACACAGACAACAGAUUUAAGUGCUAGUAUGGAGACUCCACAAGUUAACACACGGAGUCAUCUGCCAACUACACCCUUAAAGGCCUCUAAAUCCGGACAUUGUGCGAGACCUGCUAAAAGGCCUCGUAUGGAAUUGCCGGAAGAGGAUGAAGAAGAUAUAUCAGAUAUUCCACAACCUCAUGAUUCCACACACGAGCCUGGCGACUCUGCUGCAGAGCCUUCUGAAAUUAGCGGGAUGGAGAGAGCUAUAAAGUGUAAUUACACUGAUGCCAAGUACAUUGUGUUUGAAAGCUCUCUAAGAGAGCUUUUCGAAACGUGUCCUUUGUGCAAGCGAAACUGCGAUGUCCAGCGACGUCGGCUUGGGACAUUUGUGUCAUUCAGUCAGGUCUGUAAAAACUGUCAAUAUAAUAGAAAAUGGCAGAGCCAGCCUGUGAAAGGAAGUACCCCGGUCGGAAACCUGCAAAUGUCAGCGGCGGUUUACUUUACUGGUGGAUCAUUCCUUCAAACGAAAAAGAUUUGCAGAGCAAUGAAUCUUCAAAUACACCAGUACAAAACAUUCAGAAGGCAUGCUCGUUUGUUUCUGGAACCAUCCAUACAUCACAAGUGGAAGAUGGAUCAGCAGGCCAUGUUCCAGCAACUACAACGGCAGGGUGAAAUUCCAUUGGGUGGUGAUAUGCGUGCCCUUUCUCCAGGACAUGCUGAUAAAUAUGGCAGCUACACUUUAAUCCAUCUGAAAAGCAAUACAAUUUUGGACAUUCAACUACUAAAGAGCAUCGAAGUGGGAGGCAGUGCACACAUGGAGAAGGAGGGACUCAGAAGAGGUCUGGAUCUUCUUGAGUCCAACCAGUUGCAUGUGGACUACAUUGUGACUGAUCGCAACACACAAGUGGAGAAGUAUCUGAGGGAGAGAAAUGUUAAACAGUUCUAUGAUGUUUGGCACCUCGAGAAGGAACUAUCCAAAAAACUGGAUAAAUUGUCAAGAAACUGCAAGUUGCUGCGAAAGUGGUCACAAGGUAUAAAAAAUCACAUAUACUGGUCAGCCAUGUCUUCCAAGGAAGGACCCAAGAAGAUUGCAAAGUGGAAGAGUUUCCUUAAUCACAUUCAGAACAUCCACACUCAUGACGAUCCACUAUUCCCCAAGUGCGCUCAUUUAGAAAGAGUGUCCAGAGACCCAAGUAAAUGGUUCAGACCGGGUACAAUGGUACUUCAUAAAAUAGAGAAGCUACUCCUGAACAAAAGAAUUCUCGAAGAUGUGGCAAAGCUGAGCCACCAACAUCAAACUUCAGUUUUUGAGUCAUUUCACAGCGUCAUUCUGAGAUUUAACCCAAAGAAUGUUGUUUAUCCUUUUGUUGGAAUGUUAUGCAGGCUUUAUCUUGCGGCAAUGCAUUUCAAUGAGAAUGCAGAUCGCGAACAGGAGGGCUUAGCUGUAUACAGGAUAAUGCAUCCUAGUUCAAGGACGGGGCAACCUACAGCCAAGCCAGUUAAAACUGAGCCCACCUUUGAAUACAUCAGUGACCUGAUGAGAAUGCUGUUCCUGGAAGUUUUUGACAAACCUGACAACUUUGUUGAGGAGCUACGGAAAGUUUCCGUCCCAAGUUUACCUAUCAGUGCAGUCUGAAUGGUCAGCAAAUGAGGAUGUCGGUUCCCGACAUGUCUCUAGGUUCAAACCAGCGGUAGCCGGAAGCCAACAUAGUUCCCUGUACUUCCUGGCACAGGACAAUGUGUGCUGGAAUGACCACACGCACAUGUCUGCCGAUACCCACAGCUUCAACUAACAAAACGGCGAGAUACCUGAAAUGUCUGCCAAAGAGUGGUGGAAAAUUACAUGUAUGUUAUCAGUAAUGCGUUACCUUGUGUUGUGGUCAACACAUACCUCCUACAAGUGUGCAAUAUUUUGUCCUUGCAAUAUUAUUUCUGAGAGUAAUCAUUAGUAUUUAUAUUUUGCCUACAAAAUAAACAUAUUUCUUAAAAGUUUGA